CUUUUAUUUUCUAUGGUCGUCGUGUGGUUAAGUUAUAGUUCAGUAUAGCGAACUGUGUAUUGUCCACCAUUGCCAACACGAAAUUAUGAAAGGAUUCUGGCAUUUGGUGAGAAAAAAAUGGUUGUCGUACCGCUUUCGAUUUGUUCCAUGGAUUGCGCUCAACUUAAAAGAGAAAAGCCAUCGUUCAGUGGGCAAAGUAGAUGACAAAAUUGUUUCAGAUGAUGCCAUUAUUAGCACAUUAUUUCAUUUUUCUGCAUCUCUACAUGAAAACUUAAGUAAUGGGCUUGCAAAGAAGAAACCAAUAGAAUCACUGAAGGUAAUGGAAAGCAUGUUCGGCUACACUGUUCAGCUAAAAAAAAGUACUAUACCUGGGGCUGGCAUGGGAGUUUUUGUGACUCAUGGCAUUGUUGCAGCAGGGUCUAUAGUUGCUUUUUAUCCAGGGACCAUUUAUAGAGGUACAGAACCUUUGCUUCUACAAUCGAUUGGCAAUCCGUUCAUUUUCCGUUGUAUUGACGGACUGCACCUGGACGGGAAGGACAGCGGUAUUUCGCGCAUGAUUUUCAAGUCUUGUGUACACCGAGAUCUGCGUUGGCCUUUCUUUCCUGCUGAUUUAAGCUGGUUAACAGGAGACCUUAUCAAUCCCCUUAACUGUGGACAAUAUGUUAAUAAUGAGACACCAGAUUUUCCCUGCAACGUCGCCUAUCAAGAGUGUGAUCUUCCACUGGAUAGGUUUCCAAUUGAGUUGAGACGCUACCUGCCAAAUAUCUAUUAUAGCUCUUCAGAAUGGAAUCGGGCAGAUUUUUUGAGGCUCGUAGCACUCGUUGCUGUGAAGGACAUUGCAGUUGAUACAGAAAUGUUUUCAACUUACUACACUGUGGUGCAUGCUUGAGAAACAUUGUUAAAGAAGGGUAAAGACAUGAGCUUGAUGAAAUCCAUAAUUGUCUCUUUUGGUGACUGUAUCCAGUUCGUAUUUUGCAAGGCGACACAACUGGGCCAAUACGGAUGAGGUACCAACAGGUCCUCGACCAGGAUCACCGACAAGAACUUUCUUGUUGGCCGAGCGGAGGUUCAGUAACCAAGUUGCUAUAGAAUUCGAGAGAGUUGUAUCAUAUAGCAUGUCUCCGACAAGAAUUAAAUCAUAAUCCAUGCAA